GAACUUACUUUUAGUCAUUCAAACUCUUGUUAAAGAUAGAAAAAACUUAAAAGCGGGAAAAACACCAAUAUGCUCUUAACGUGGGCUUGUUUAACGAUUCUCACAGCGAUAGAUGUAUCCGCUUAUCCUUCUUUAAGAGACGAACUUAAAGAGUUGAGAGAGCAGAUUCAAAUUCUUAGAGACAAAGCAACUGACACUUAUACAAGAUGGGGGAGAACUUCAUGUCCUACUGGAGCAACGACUAUCUAUGUCGGAUUCGCGGGAGGAUCAAAUUACAAACAUAGCGGGGCAGCUGCAAAUUAUCUUUGUUUGUCCAAAAAGCCAACAUUUGAUGUUUUUUCACAAGUGCCAUUCAAGUCAUUCAUUUUUACCUUUACCCGGUACUAUACUACUUUCUUAUAUGGCGCCGAAUACCAAACAUCAGACACUCCAUUCAGUAGCCUAUAUAAUCAUGAAGUACCAUGCGCUGUUUGCCAAGUUCCUCGUACAAGUGCCAUAAUGAUUCCUGGACAAGACAACUGCCCCAGGAACUUUAGACUAGAGUAUGCGGGUUAUUUGAUGGCUGGUCUUCAUACUCACGCUGCUGCAUCAGAGUUUGUUUGUGUCGACAAACACCCUACAGAAGACGAGUACUCAAGCUCAGGGGACGCGCAGGGAAAGCUUUUCUAUUUUGUUCAAGCUGCGUGUGGAUCUUUGAAAUGCCUACCGUACAAAAGGAAGAAAAUGAUUAAAUGCGCUGUAUGCUCGUAUUCUCCCUAAUGUUCAUGACGAAAGUGUGAAGCUCUGUAUUGACUAAAUAUGACUUUUGUCAAUGCAGAUUUAUCAUCAGCCAUUUUUCGUUAAAGUGUGUUUGAAAUAAACAAUAUUUAUUUAUACAUUGAACACUUUUAAACCUGUGAUUGUUGUACAGUUGGAGCCGAAUGGAACAAUUGAACAAAAACAUUCCUAGAACAAAAAAAAAUUUGAAUAAGUCAAGCCUCACAUUGCUUUUUAAAAAAAAUUAAUAAUAAUAGAUCUAUAUUUGAUGUAAAAAGUCAGGAAACAUCCUGAGAAUAAACGCAACCAAAAUAAUUAUGUGACACAAAAUAUUAUUUAAAGCAUUAUACAUGUUAUAAUAGACAUUCUUUUCGUUAUUAUUCACAUAAGUAAAA